UUUUAAUGGCCCUCCCCUCCUCUCUUGCUUGAACGCAAAGCAAGUUCCAUUUCAUGGGAACAAGAAACAGAAUGCUCCACAUUUCUACUGAUCCCUCCCCUCCGCAUCUCCGCCCUACACCCCAUCCCUUUUAAAAAUUUCCCAUAAAAACCUACUCAAAAAUCUCCAUCCUCUCAGCUGAGUCUCAUGAAAGCAAGCCUUCCUCCAUGACCCUUUCUUGUGCUUCUCUUUUUCGAGCUGUCAAUCUUUUUAUCUACCCUGCAAUGAUCUCUCCCCUGCAAUUUCCCCUGCUCCAGCCAUGAGAACUCUGCCACUUUUGGGUCUUACUCUUUGGCUCUCUGUUUUACUUUUAUUCUUUGCAUUUGAGUACAGCUCCUUCAUCCCCUCCCACGGCCGCACUUCUGUUCCUCAUCGCAUGGUCACCAACCGCAAGGUCUUAACCGGUGCCAAAUUCGACUUCCGGCGGUUUCUCCACCACACGAAACACCACCAAAGGCACCACCACCACCGCAGACACACUCCCGUGCAGCCUGAACCUGCUGACGGAACCCAAAUCGACCCACGUUAUGGGGUCGACAAGCGGCUCGUUCCCACCGGUCCAAACCCAUUGCACCAUUGAUUUGGGGAUUUUAAUUUUCUUUUUCUUUUUACUUGUAUGAUCUUGUAUUUUUGUUUUUGUUGUAACCUGUAAUCACUUGUUUAUUCCUCCAAAAAAAAAGGGAAAAAAAAAUAAGGCCAGAAACAAAGUGUAUUAUUACUU